CGUCGCUCUGGGUGAUCACGUGACGGCAGGCCAUUCUCCCUCCCUUUCAGUUGGUGUGUUUUGGCUUUCGGUUGUGAUGUGACGAAGCUUCGUCAGUCAGUCAGGAGGCGGGCAGGCCUGAAAGACACAGAGCAAGCUGGAGUCAAGCAGGAUGGCACAGGACAAGUACCUUUCGGCGAAGUUGAAAACUUUCUUACGGGAAGACAAAAUUCAGCUCUGGAAACCUCCCUAUACAAACAGCAACCAAGAGGCGGGUGAGGAACUGAAGAAUCUCGCGGUGCAAUAUUCAGCCAGGCUAAAUUAUAAUGACAAUGAAAUAGCAGCCCUUCUGGAAGAAAUACGCUGUAAAGCAGUCGAGCGGGGAACGGGAAAUGAAGCUUACAAGACGACAGGCGUUGCAACGCUUGAAGUAGCCUUGCCUGCAAGGAUGGGUAAAACACGGAAAAAUAUGCUGGAGACAAAAUUGGUCAUCACAGGCAAGGAGCUGAGAUCUCAAAUAGCACAGACAUAUGGAUUUGAAGAAAAUUGUAUCAAAGUAAUUAUAAACAAGAAGCAACUUGAUCUAGGGAAGACACUAGAAGAGCAAGGCGUAACACACAACGUCAAGGUCAUGGUGCUUGAGCUGAAGCUGAGUGAAGACGAGACCAGAAGGAGAGUUCGCGAAGAGGAAAUGCAACGUGAGGAAGAGGCAGCGAAGACAAAAGAAGUGAAUAAAAAGAUGCAGAGGACAAAAAAGGGAUUAGAAAUACUGGCAGACAGAAAGGAUUCUAUGGAUCCGGAUAGCGUACCUUACUUGGACAUAGCGAACCAGACUGGAAGAACCAUAAAAAUUCCCCCAGAAGCCAAAAAAGCUCUUUUGUUAGCUAUGGGAUAUCAUGAAAAGGGGAGAGCCCUGCUGAAGAAAAAAGAAUACGCCAUGGCAUUGCCAUUCCUGUUAGAUGCUGAUAAACACUUCUGUGAAUGUGGUUCAGAACUCCUGACCACAGUUGAUAAUUAUGCAGUGCUGCAGCUGGACAUCGUCUGGGGCUACUUCCACUUAGGACAGCUGGACUGCCUGGACGAUGCUGAGAAGAAGCUCCUUGCAGCCCACGAUUGCUUCAGAAGGUGCUAUGGAGAGAACCACGAAAGGCUGGUUACUAUAAAGGGAAGUUCCGGGAGAGAAAAGGCUUUAUUUCUGAGGCUUUAUUUGCUUCAAGGAAUAAGUCAUUAUCAUAAUGGCAGAGAAAGAGAAGCUGCUGAACAUCUUCAGAAGGCUCAUGGCUUGUUCCAGGAGCUGUGCAUCGACCCAGAAAAGAUCAACAGCUUGUUACUUCUGGGUUUCUCUGCUCAGGAAGCUCGUCUUGGUCUCCGUGCCUGUGAUGGGAAUGUGGAUCAUGCAGCUAGUCAUAUUUCCAACAGAAGAGAGGAGAAGGCUCAAAUAAGGAGGGAAGAGAGAGCUAAAAGGCGAAAGCGGAUAGAAGAUAUAAACUCCUUGAAGAGCAUGGGCUAUUCGGAGCGAGCUGCUAGAGAAGCCCUUCAUCAGGCAAAAGGAGACCUUGAACAAGCUGUUAAGCUUAUGCUUGACAACCCCCAGUUACUUUUGCCAGAUGAUGAUGAUCCUGGAGAUCAGUUUCAUGUCCUUCAGGAAAGUGUUGAUCAGUUGGUGUACAUGGGAUUUAACCCAGAGAUAGCAAAACAAGCUCUGAAAGUAUUCAAAGGCAACAUUCAGCUGGCUGCACAGACGCUGGCCCAUUAUGGGGGAGUUCUCCCACCUGAUUUGCAGGCCUCUUCAGAGACCACCACUCCGUCGGAUGAAUCCAGUUCAUCCAAAGAUUCGCCAACUGACUCUGCAGGUACGUCUGGAGCUUCAACAGAUGAAGACAUGGAUGCAGAAGUUGUCAACGAAAUCCUAGAGGAUAUUCCAGAACAUGAAGAAGAUUACUUGGACUUAACUCUGGAAGAGGAAGAAGUUGUCAUCAACGAAUACCUCUCGUAUAUUCGAAACCUGCAAAUACAGUCCAAGUAGACAGACUCUUAAAGGCUCCGGUCACAUUUAUCUGCACCAGCAUUGUUUCUGCUCUAGUUCAGAUAUGGUUUAGUUGCAUGUAAGUCCCACUGAAACCAAUGGGUCAGUUUAGUCCCGAUGAUCUUGACUUUAGCUGAUUUAGUCUAGACUGGAACCUUGGACUUUUAAUACUUGGAUUCCAAGUAUCUCUGAUUCUGUCAUUUUGCCAAAUGCCUUAAGUUCAUUCAGUUGCAUAAUUUUGAAACAUUGGUUUGUGUAAAAUCUGUUAUUAUCUGGUUGUUAUUUAGAGCAACACUGGAGAAUAAUGUCAACUGUAGAACAAAAAUAUUUCCAGACAUAUUUUUAUAUAGAGAUUCUAUAUAUAUAUAUAUUGGUGUGAAUCAAUCUAUUUAAAUAGCAGAUAAUAAAACUCAGUUCACAUCCUGUCACAAUAACCAGUUUUAUUUAAAAGCCGCAAAUGGAAAUUUCUGCAUGGGUUCCUGUUUGAAUUAGCAUUGAUAUAGUCUGUUCUGGGAAAUACGGGCCCAAGUGUGUUGAGCUGUCAAUUUUUGAAAAAGUUUUUCUUUCCAUCCUGUCUCUUGUAAAUCUGUUGUGCCUGGACUUGGAACAUCUCCUGUUUUCAAUCUCUGUCUUGCAUAAUGGAAUCACAACCAAUAAAAAGGCCAAUUUUCAUCACAUAAA